UUAAUGCGUGAAAUUAUUAUAAAUAAAUUUUGAGAAUUGAAUCAAUCAGUUAAAUUACCUUUUUAUAAUUAAACAUAGGUAUUUGUUAACAUAUUAUUAUCUGAAGAAUGAAAUCGAAAUUCUCGGUUUAAAAUCAAUACGUUAAAACGCCUUAACCAUUCGUGGUGCUUUCUGAUUUUUGUAAGUUCUAAAAUAAUUUACAGAAUACCGGUUUUGUAGUCAAUUGUGAUUGUUUUUUAUCAAUAAGUAUUACAUUCAUGCGGAAACGCAUUGCAAGCAUGUUAUGACAUUUUCAACUUGUUACUACAUAUUAACGCCAUCUACAUUCAGUUUAAGAUCCUUAUCACGAAUUUCCCCUUUACUAUUUGCUAGCAACUUGCCGCAAUCAUCGCAAAGUAACUAAACUCAACAAUCUAUUGAAUCGCAUGACUUUUAUAUGAAAGACACCAAAUUUAUGCUCUUGCAUUGCAUGCAGGAACUCCAUAGGUUUCUCAUAGUACAAUGAUCUAUAACCUUCAAAACUUCGAAUUUUUGACUGGUGUUUGCUUUUUUGAUAUUAUGUAUUUUAAUCAAUACCACGUAAGGUCUUUAAAUCUAAAUACAUCAUUCCAUCUUGACAAUCAAAAGUGCAAUAUAAAAUGCAUCGAUUGACGAAAGAGACUUGAAAGUGUUACAUUUUUGUGUUUUGAUUUUAUUUUAUCUUCUUGUCUUUUUUAUAGUAAUACAUUAACACCAUGAAAUUAGUUGCCAAAAAUGUUGAUAAGGAUGGAGAGGGGUAUGUUAAUCUAGUUCCUGAAAAUACAGAGGACAUGUGGCAUGUUUAUAACCUUGUCAGUGAAGGAGAUUAUGUUAGUUGCUCUACUAUCAGAAAAGUACAAACUGAAAGUUCCACUGGUAGUUCAAAUAGUUACAGAGUAAGAACAACAUUAACAAUUUGCGUUGAAGGAAUAGAUUUUGAUACUCAAGCAUGUGUUUUGAGACUUAAAGGACGAAAUAUUGAAGAAAAUAAAUAUGUUAAGACUGGUGCUUAUCAUACCUUAGAUGUUGAAUUGAAUAGAAAAUUUGGUCUUAGAAAGCCAAAAUGGGACUCAAUAGCUUUGGAACGAGUUGAUCUGGCAUGCGAUCCUACCCAACAUGCUGACGUUGCUGCCGUGGUUAUGCAAGAAGGUAUUGCACAUGUAUGUUUAAUAACUUCAAACAUGACCAUAGUUCGUGCAAAAAUAGAUCAAGUGAUUCCUCGUAAAAGGAAAGGAAGCGUGUCUCAACAUGAAAAAGGAUUGGCACGAUUUUAUGAUAGCAUUAUGCAAGCAAUUCUCAGGCAUGUAAAUUUCGAUGUUGUAAAAUGCAUUAUUUUGGCAAGUCCUGGAUUUGUUAAAGAUCAAUUAAUGAACUACAUGGUUCAGCAAGCAGUUAAAACUGAUAACAAAACAAUUAUAGAUAAUAAAAGUAUGUUCGUACUAGUCCAUUCAAGUUCUGGUUUUAAACACUCUCUAAGAGAGGUAUUAACUGAUCCGGCGGUGAUAUCACGUAUAUCUGAUACUAAAGCUGCAGGAGAAGUAAAAGCUUUAGAAUCAUUUUGUGCAAUGCUUCAAACAGAUCCAUCGAGAGCUUUUUAUGGUAAAAAGCAUGUUCUAGCUGCAAGUGAAGCCCAAGCAAUAGAAACACUUCUCAUUUCAGACAAGCUAUUCAGGUGUCAAAAUAUAGCUGAAAGAAAAGAAUAUGUUAGCCUUGUUGAAACUGUUAGAGAUGCCAAUGGGGACGUUAAAAUUUUUUCAAGUUUGCAUAUAUCUGGUGAACAAUUAGAGCAACUCACAGGUGUUGCUGCUAUAUUACGUUUUCCUAUGCCAGAACUGGAAGAUGAAGAAGAAAGUGAUGAUUCUGAUGAAAAUGAUUAGACAAUCUUUUUUAUUCAUUUUAUUGUCUAAUAAUUAAAAUUGCAAAUUGAAUGUUGUGCUGUGCACAAAUUUGGAACAAUAUUCUUUUGUGUACAUCAAAUCAAUAAUUGUGUAAUAUAAAUGGUUUAUUUUAGUAAAAAUAAAAAAUGUAUAUAGCCUA